GCAGAAGUUCCCCUCCCGACGUUCUGAGCUUCCAGCGGGUAACCACCACAGAACGCAGGUUCGAGCGGCCUGGCGGAGGCCGUUCGGAUCUCGCGAGAUACGCGACUGCGCGGGAGUUCUCGAGUCCUGCGAAGAGGCGGUGGAGCCGGGCUCUGUGAUGGGGCGCUUCCGCAAAGAUGGCGGCCGCUGCGGCAAGAGGCGCCUGGCUGGCGGCCUGGGGCGGAAGACUGCGGCGUGGGAUCGCUGCCGGCCGGCGAGCUUUGCCAGGCCCCGGCCCCGGCCCCUUGACCGCGGCAGUGGCCGGUGUGGCCCUGGCAGGCACAGGAUUGGCAUGGUACCAUGGCCGCAUGAAUGUCGUGGCACCCGAGGGCAGCCUCACCGUCUUAGCACAGGAUAAUGUUGUCUCUGGAGAGAUGGGAGAAAAAUUGUCCCUUCGUAAACAGCGCUUCAUGCAGUUCUCUUCACUGGAACAUGAAGGAGAAUAUUAUAUGACACCACGAGACUUCCUCUUUUCAAUAAUGUUUGACCAAAUGGAACGUAAAACUUCAGUGAAGAAGCUGACAAAAAAGGAUAUCGAGGAUAUACUGGCAGGAAUCCAACCAGCUCGUUGUGGAUCAACUUUUUUUAGAGACCUUGGUGAUAAAGGACUAAUUUCGUAUACUGAGUAUCUUUUCUUGCUUACAAUUCUCACUAAACCCCAUACUGGGUUUCAUGUUGCUUUUAAAAUGCUGGAUGCAGAUGGUAAUGAGAUGGUUGAGAAAAAGGAAUUUUUUAAGCUACAGAAGAUCAUAAGUAAACAAGAUGACUUGAAGACAACAACAGCUAAUGAAACAGAAUGCCAGGAAUCAACAGUGAAAGAACCUGAAAUUACCACAACCCUUCAGAUAUAUUUCUUUGGAAAAAGAGGAGAAAGAAAACUUCAUUAUAGGGAAUUUCGAAGAUUUAUGGAGAAUUUACAAACGGAGGUCCAAGAAAUGGAAUUCAUUCAGUUUUCUAAAGGUUUGAGUUUCAUGAGAAAAGAAGACUUUGCAGAGUGGCUGCUUUUUUUCACUAACACUGAAAAUAAAGACAUCUAUUGGAAAAAUGUAAGAGAGAAGUUGACAGCAGGAGAGAGCAUUAGUUUGGAUGAGUUCAAAUCAUUUUGUCAUUUUACAACCCACUUGGAAGACUUUGCUAUUGCUAUGCAAAUGUUCAGUUUAGCUCAUCGUCCUGUCAGAUUGGCGGAGUUUAAGAGGGCCGUGAAAGUAGCAACAGGACAGGAACUCUCCAACAAUAUUUUGGACACCGUCUUCAAAAUCUUUGAUGUGGAUGGUGAUGAAUGUCUUAGUCAUGGAGAGUUUCUCGGGGUUUUAAAAAACAGGAUGCAUCGAGGUUUAUGGGUACCACAACAACAAAGUGUACAAGAAUACUGGAAAUGUGUGAAAAGAGAGAGCAUUAAAGGAGUAAAAGAAGUCUGGAAACAAGCUGGACGAAAUCUCUUUUAGAAAAAGAUAAUCUGGGAAUCCUCUUGUGCCAGAUGUCAGAAUUGGGAAUUUGUCAAAAAUACUAGGUUUUGUCUUCUUGAUUUUCUUUGUAAUAUAAAGAUGCCUUGUAUUUCUGAAUCAAUAGUUUCUUAAUAAAAUUUCAUUAAAGAACUUAGUAAAAUUAGAUACUGGAUUCUAUCAGAAGGCCUAGAAUUGAAGCAAUGUUUUGUACUUUGAUAAGAUGGAAAACCUAAUUAUUCACUUAUUUCUUAGACACAGUAGUACAACGUGCUCUUUGGAAGGGUGUCAACUUAGUACUUACAGAAAAAAAUACUUGGUACAUAAAGUCAAUAUCAAGUCCAGGAGUCCUGAUGUUCCCAGUAGGGCAAAUUAAAUUAAAAACUUCUCGGGUUUUCUUAUCUGUGUUCUCAUAUCUCAUAAGCUUCUUGUGUAUUUUAUUACAGUUAGCUGUAUAUUAGUUGUCUUUUGAAUGUGUAAAUGUCAAUAUCUUAUGUAGAAAUAAAAUAUUUACUCAGAUACAAAAAUUA